UGCAAGUCAAGCAUACCACUCAUUCUUGGUCGUCGCUUGGAACUUCAUUAUAUUUCCUUCUUUGACCCGAUUUGCAUCAUUUUUUCCUUACAUCCCAUUUGAUUAAAUUACAAUCCACUCACUUUUUUCCUUCUCAUCCAUUCAUGUUGAAGAUCUUGAAUCUUGUUUUGUUUGUUUACUGAAAACUGAGGUUUCCCAUACAUAAACUUUUUAAGAUCUUUUACAUAAUGGCUUGUUUUUCGAUGAUAAUGCCGCUGAAUAUCCAAACAAUAAUAAUAGUUUGUCUCUGGAUACUUAUAUCUAGUAGCUGCAGCAAUGCUGUUCAGAGCGAUGUUGAUUGCUUAAGAUCUGUUAAAGCAUCACUUAAAGAUCCAGAAAACCUCUUAUCUUCAUGGGAUUUUAACAACAGUACAGAAGGUUUCAUUUGUAGAUUUGCAGGUGUUGAAUGUUGGCAUAUUGAUGAGAGCAGAGUUUUAAAUAUCCGGCUUUCCGACAUGGGGUUGAAGGGUCCAUUUCCUCCCGGGCUUAAAAACUGUACCUCAAUGACCAGUUUGGAUCUUUCAAGCAAUAAUCUUGAAGGGCCUCUCCCGUCCAACAUGACUGAUGUUGUUCCAUUUUUAGUUAGUCUUGAUCUUUCAUCAAACAACUUUACAGGUCUGAUCCCAGCCAGCAUUUCAAACUGUUCGUUUCUUAAUACCCUUAAGCUCGAAAACAACCAUUUUACGGGUCAGAUUCCACCAGAAUUGGGUGCUCUUAAUCGGUUAAAGGAUUUCAGUGUUGCAAAUAACCUUUUGACUGGCCAAGUGCCUUAUUUUAGUAAUUAUACCGCUACGCGAGAUGCCUAUGCAGGAAAUCCUGGUUUAUGUGGGGGGCCUUUGCGUCGUUGUCAAGGAGGUAGCAACAAAUCACACACAGGUGUGAUUAUUGGGGCUGCAAUUGGGGGUGCUACUUUCACCGCAUUGGUGGUAGGAAUCGGUAUGACAUUCUUUAUGCGGAAAGUGGUUAGAAAGAAAGAAGAAGACCCUGAUGAGAAUAAAUGGGCUCGGAGUAUCAAAGGAACUAAAACAAUCAAGCUUUCGAUGUUUGAUAACCCAGUUUCAAAGAUGAGAUUAAGUGAUCUAAUGAAGGCUACCAAUAGCUUCAGCAAAGAAAACAUCAUUGGAUCGGGAAGAACAGGUUCUUUAUAUAAAGCAACACUUGAAGAUGGAAGCUCACUUAUGAUCAAAAGAUUGCAAGACACUCAACACUCGGAAAAAGAAUUUGCAUCAGAAAUGGCAACACUUGGCAAUGUGAAGCAUCGUAACCUUGUUCCGCUUCUAGGGUUUUGUGUCACGAAAAAGGAAAGGUUUUUAGUUUACAAGUACAUGGCGAACGGCACUCUCCACGAUAAUUUGCAUUUUGUAGCCGAUGACAAAAAACAUAUGGAAUGGUCAGUACGGCUAAAAGUUGCUAUAGGUGCAGCCAAAGGGUUUGCAUGGCUCCACCAUAACUGCAACCCUCGGAUCCUUCAUAGAAAUAUAAGCUCUAAAUGCAUCUUAUUGGAUCAAGAUUUCGAGCCGAGAAUAUCGGAUUUUGGGCUGGCCAGGCUUAUGAACCCGGUUGAUACUCAUCUGAGUACUUUCGUGAAUGGUGAGUUUGGUGACAUUGGGUAUGUGGCACCCGAAUAUGCGCGUACUCUUGUGGCCACCCCUAAAGGGGACGUUUAUAGCUUCGGGGUGGUGUUACUUGAGUUGGUAACGGGUGAAAAACCGACUCAUGUAGCUAAAGCUCCCGAUAGCUUUAAGGGUAAUUUAGUCGAAUGGAUUUCUGAGUUAUCUGUAGAGUCAAAGCUUCAUGAGUCAAUUGACCAAUCAUUGACCGGGAAAGGAUGCGAUAAUGAGGUUUUUCAGGUUCUUAAAGUCGCGUGUAAUUGUGUUUUACCGGCUUCUCACAGGGAACGACCCACAAUGUUUGAAGUGUACCAACUUUUACGGGCUAUUGGCCAAAACUACCACUUUACCGUGGAUGACGAGAUUUUGAUGCCAACUGAUACCGGUGAUGUAGGUGACAUAGAACUCAUUGUUGCUCGUGAGACAAAAGGAAAGAAGUGAUCAGUAAUGUAGUGCCCAAGUGAUUUAUGUAAGCUAUAUGUAAUUACAAGUUUUUAUUUCUUCUUUGAUCUUAUGUUGGAAUAAGUGUUAUAUAGUGCUUAUAUCAUCAGUUUAAGGAACUAUAGGGUUUUCGAUUUUGUGUAUGUAACGGCAGAACUCGUAGAUGAAUAUGAAUAUGUAUUUGAAACCA